AUGGAGAAGCCCUCGUGGGACGUGGGGAUGCAGCCGUCGGGCAAGAUCCUCUCGCUGGACAGGCAGGGGGCCAAGAAAGUGCUGGAGAUCUACGUCAGGCGCUCGCUGACCUGCCACGAGAACUCGCUGGCGGCCAAGAAGACGCUUCAGGAGGGAGUCAGAAGGCGAGGGAAGAAGGCAGAUGGGCUGCAGCGGUCGAAAAGUGACUUCUCCAAGUAUUCGUGUGCCAAACUCGUCCCCAAGAAGGAGCAGGAGGAGGAACCCAAAGCAUCAGACCUGGACACGGCUCUGGAUGAUGAGAGCAAAGCUCUUGGGGAGGUCCCUAAAGAGAAGCUGGAGCCCAAGAGGAAAAGCACAAAAAACUCUUCCCAGGGCAAAACUCAACGUACCUGGUUCAAAAGUUUCUUAAAUUUGCUCUUCAAGAAGAGCUCUGAGGAGCAGAAGGAAACCGCAGGGCAAAAAGCAAAGGAGAAAGAUGCCAAAGCUCCUUACAGCUCCAAAACAGAAGGAGCUAAAAGACCCGGAGAGGGCGUGAGCACAUCCCCGCCGCUGGGCAGAGCCCCCAAGAGGAGACCCAGCCUCAAGAAGGUUUUCUCCUUCAAGAAGCACCUGGAGGAGGAGCGGGGAGAGGCGGCAGCGGGGGCGAGUGCCAAGCGACCCAGCUGCCUUCCUCUGCGGCACAUCCAGGCACCGGCCACGCCAGCAGAUGUGGAGCAGCGCGAUGGUUACUACGCGCGAGUCACGGAAGAGAUCGGGCUGAUCGUGCAGGGCAGUGAGGGCCAGGGGAGCAGAGCACGUGGAUACGGGGAGCCACCGCAGCCAGCGGGCGCCGAUGGGAUCGAUGAAGCCAUCAAGAGAAUCGUUGCACUGCUCCAGAGUGCAGGAGAUGAGCUGGACAGGCAGGUGAAGGAAGACGCACGGCUCCGGACGUUCUUCAGAGACAUCUCCUACAGCUCCUUCAAGAACUUGGCCGAUGCCUACGUCCACAAGGAAAUGACGGCCAGCAGAGCCAACGUCAACCCCCAGGAGAUCCAGUUUGCCUUCACGGUGCACCUCACCGCCAAGGUGGCAGGCAUCUGCAACCAGGCAGUGAACAGGAUCAUGGGCUUCGGCACCCGCUACCUGGAGGAUUCCUUUGCGCCCUUGUCCUACAGCAAAAUUCUCCAGGCAGUGGCCGUCGAGGAGAGCUUUGGCCAUGCCCAGUGA